AUGCGAAGAACGAGUUGUACUUUUUGCAAGGCCGUGUUCGAUUUGAAGAAUGCGGCGAAGUUAGCUACGGGAGUUGUGUUGGAUCGAACUGUCGCCUUCAUUAAUGGCGCUUUCGUUACCCCUGCUUCGGCUGCAACAAUCACUGUAGAAGACCCAUGCACACAGACAGCUAUUGGCGAGGUGCCGAAUAUGGGAAAGGAAGAGACGUUACAGGCGAUUGACGCGGCAAAGUCAGCCUUUGAAGGCUGGAAAAAUAUGAUGCCUCGGGAGCGUGCUGUGAUUAUGCAUCGCUGGGCUCAAUUGGUGCUUUGUCACAGUCAAAGUCUUGGAAUUAUUCUCUCACGUGAGUCAGGCAAGGUUCUUGCAGAAGGCGUGGAUGAGUGUCUGUAUGCGGAGCGAUACCUUGAAUGGUACGCGGGGGAGGCGGAGCGGGUGUAUGGUGACAUCAUUGGUGGCCCCCGUGAGGGAGUUGUCACGACUGUUGUACGGCGGCCUGUUGGAGUUGUUGGUGUCAUUACACCCUGGAACUUUCCCUCCUCAAUGGUGACACGGGCAGUUGGUGGCGCCUUGGCCGCGGGAUGCACUGUUGUGCUGAAGCCAUCUGAGCUUACCCCGUUUAGUGCCUUGGUGUUGGCACAGUUGGCUGCGGAAGCAGGCGUACCAGACGGUGUUUUUAAUGUGCUUACAGGAAAUGCUGAGCCGAUUGGAGACGCGUUGCUUGACUCCUUUGACGUGCGCAAGAUCUCCUUUACAGGGUCCACGAGGACUGGGAAACAUUUGUAUGCACGCUCCGCCUCCACCAUGAAGAAACUUGGCCUGGAGCUUGGUGGCAACGCACCAUUCAUUGUCUUUGAUGAUGCCGAUCUCAACCGAGCGGUUAUUGGUCUUAUUGCCUCCAAGUUCCGCAACGCCGGCCAGGCAUGCAUCAGCAGCAAUCGGAUCUUUGUUCAUGAGGCCAUACAUGAUGCCUUUGUGGCGCGGCUUGUGGAAAAAACUCGAGAGACACUGCGAGUGGGUAACAGCCUCGAUAACACUUCAAAAAUGGGCUCCCUCAUCAAUGGCGCAGCCGUCGAUCGGAUGGAAGCGUUGGUGAAGGACGCUGUGGCGAAGGGCGCGAAGUUAGAACUGGGUGGCAAACGCAUCCCCGGUCCUGGUUACUUCUUUGAACCUACAAUCUUGACACGUGUGCGGCACGAAGCAAUGGACUGCAGUCAACGGGAAAUAUUUGGCCCAAUUAUUCCUAUCAUUAAGUUUUCGAGUGAGUCGGAGGUGGUCCAGCUGGCGAACGCCACCCCUGCUGGCUUGGCAGCAUACAUCUACACUCAGGAUUAUAGAAGACAGAGUCGUGUUUCAGAGCAGCUGCAAUUUGGCAUGGUGGGUGUGAACGACGUUGGCUUGUCCUCGCCAUGUGCGCCAUUUGGUGGUGUGAAGGAAAGCGGACUGGGACGGGAUGGCUCCAAGUAUGGCAUCGACGCUUUUGUUGACAUCAAAUAUGUGCUGGAGUCGCGUAUUUAA